AUGCUGCUCAAACCCGCCACUCCCCUCACCAUCCUCCUCCUGAUCGCAUUUGCGCUUCUCCUUAUCUCUGUCAUUUCCACCCCUAUCGUCAAAAGCAUUGCGCUUGCGAGACAUGAUAACAUUGACUAUGGCGUGUUCGGAUACUGCAAAGGCGAUGUGUGCACCAGCAUUCAUGUUGGUUACGCCGACGCUGACUCUAGUUCAGAUGACAUAACUUCCGAAGACGGUACAUUUAGCAUUGCACCUGGCACCCGCAGAUCGCUCUCAGCAAUUCUGAUCGUCCAUCCCGUCGCUGCGUUCCUCACACUCGUAUGCCUAUGCAUGGCCGCAGCGGCUCAUUUUCACUCACCGUCGCAUUCGCCCCGCUAUUUGCUAGCCUUGUUGAUCCUACUGCUUCCCACUCUUCUCGUGUCACUCCUCGCGUUCCUGGUCGAUAUUCUCUUGUUUGUACCGCACAUGGCCUGGGCAGGAUGGAUUGUAUUAGUUGCCACCAUUUUACUUGUCACUUGCGGCGUGGUUACAUGUGCAAUGCGGCGGACACUCGUGAGCCGCAAGGCAAGGAAGAAGCGGAUCAACGAAAAUGCUGAAAUGAGCGGGGAGAACUUCUACAACCGCCAAAACGCAGCGGCGGCAGCAGCAGCAGCGAACCUGGAUACAAAGGAGCCUGUGAUAACUGGGUCUUCGCCUUCAUCCGAGACGGGCCCUACAUUUGCUACUUUCCGUACGACUACACACGACAGUGAUGACGAUCGCACGCCACUGAAUUCACGGACUGUUCAUCCUGACCCUCCAAUGCCCGAUAACCAGUACACCCGGGCGCGGAGAGAUGUGGCAGCCUAUAACUCUCCGCCUGAUGAUGCUGGUAUUUCUGGUCCGCAAGCUCCACCAUCCGAUCCUCGUUUGCGCAAUCAGUAUUCCGACGGCAGUGUUGGCUCGCGGAGAGGGGCCCCUCCGCCAGGGUUUGCGCGCGGACGGGGUGGUUAUCCACCGCGAGGGGCUUAUGGCCGUGGGGGGCCUUAUAGAGGACCACCUCGGGGCCCGCCUCCUCCGGGUGCAAACGGUGCCCCAAUGGGUCCCAUGCGAGGUGGACAUCCCGGAAUGAUGGGACGAGGAUACCGAGGACCCCCUCCGGGUGAUUACAUACCUGGGCCCGUUCCUCGGCCAACUCCGCCGCCUGAAGAUGAGUACGGCUAUCACCACCCACCGCCCGUCGCUCGACAGCCGUCCCCUGGGCCAAUUGGAAUGGCAGUAUCUCCCGAUCAUGGUAGCCCAAUCGGCCAGGCUAUCGAAAUGCAACCACAGCCACGACGAAUGGGCUCUCAUGAAUCGCAUGAAGCGCACCUCGAACCCCAGCCACAUGCGCUGUCAGCAGAUGGCUAUCCGGAGCCUAUCAGUCCUUCAAGUCUCUAUAGUCGGACAGCAUCAUAUAUUCCUCCGCGUGCCGGUUGGGCCCCAGAAGAACCGCGGACCGGCCCCUCGCCCUCGCCUGUCCAUGCGUAUGAAGGGCCACGACAACAUGCUCGAACUCCUUCAACGGACUAUUUUGAAGAUGCAGACCCUCGGUUUGCUACCAACGAGUCGGCGGCAGGCAACCCUCGGUUGCCGGCUGUCUUGACACCAGGUGCUACUGGUGAGAGGAAACCGAUGGAAGAUAUGGCUGAAGGACCCAGCUCACCGACUACUAGCGAAGUAAGCCACUUUACAUCAAUAUCUGAGCGGCCUAUCAAUCCCCGCUGGCGCCCACCUCCCGUUCCAGCGCAGCGGAAGCAUGAUGUUCUCCUAGAGAACAAUCCCGACUUUGACUUGCGGGCAGGUACUGGGCGGGGAGGAGCUGCUGGUGUUGGUAGUCGUAUGCCACCAAUGUCGAUACCCCGAGAUGCGGCAAGAUACCCCAUUUGA